AUGUCGUCGUCGUCGUUUACGUCGUCGUGUUGUUGUUCGAGGAGCAGCGCGUCCAAAAUAUUCUCAUCUCCUUCGAGCAAAAGUAGCAGGAGUAGCGUCCGACGGAAGGAGAAGGCGACGACGACAUCAUCAUCAUCAUCAUCAUCAUCAUCAUCUUCCCGAAGAAGAAGAAGACAAAGAAGAGAAAGAGUUUCAUCCAUCAUCGCCUCUUCUUCGUCUUCCUCUUCUUCGAACUCGUCUGAAUCAUCGUCGUCGUCUUCUUCUUCUUUGACGAAAGAGGAGAAGAAAGAAGCCACGAAGAAGCUCCUGCAGUCGCAAGUGGACGUCGUCGAGUUAUCACUCGCGGAGAGAAACCAAAACACUCGAGUGAUGGGGUGCACGGCUUCCCAAACGUGGGUGAAAGUGUCUCUCUCUCGAGAAGGAGAAGGAACAGAAGGAUCGGAUGGUUCAUCUGCCCCGCGAUUGCAAUCGUACUCAGAUUCAGCGAUAACGAGAGGUUUCCUCGGCGUCGUGACGAAAAUGUUUCGAGGGUACACCCUGAAACAAAUCGAAGACAUCGAUGUGGAAUCGAUCGUAGCUGCGACUCUGCGAGGGGUGUCGGAAAGCGCAGUGAAAACGAGCGCGAUUGAUUCUCGACAAAACGGGUUUAAGAACGCUUUAGAAACAAUCAAAAGACAAGCGAGAAGUUUACUUAACGAUUUCCAAAGCGAUCCUUUCCCUUCAUUAAUCGUUACAAAGUCCGGAUGCGAACCGAAAGGGUCGUUCGCGGAAGCGCAGGCGAAAUAUUUAACGCCGGACGACCAACAGGUGGACAAGUUGGCGAAGUUACUGAUUGAGAAAAAGUGUGGAAUCGUCGCGCAUUUUUACAUGGACCCAGAAGUCCAAGGAGUGCUGAUGCGAUGUAAAGCGAAACAUCCAGAGUGCGCGUCGAGGAUCUUCAUCUCCGAUUCUUUAGUCAUGGCGGACGCGGCGGUGCGAAUGGUGAGAGACGAAAAGUGCGAAAACAUCUGCGUCUUAGGUGUAGAUUUCAUGUCAGAGAACGUGCGAGCUAUUAUUGACGACGCUGGAUUUCCUGAAGCGAACGUUUACCGCAUGUCCUCGGAUGCCAUCGGGUGCUCCUUAGCAGAAGCUGCGCAAACAGAAACGUACGAAAAAUAUUUGCGAGAAGCCGGCGAGGCGAAAAAUUCUCUGCACGUCAUCUACAUCAACACUGGAUUGGACACGAAGGCGAGCGCGAACGCAAAAGUUCCAACCAUUGCGUGCACGUCUUCGAACGUCGUCAACACGGUUUUACAAGCUGCUGCUCAAAUUCCGGACGUCAAGAUAUUUUACGGUCCAGAUACGUACAUGGGCGGCAACUUGGUCGAACUUUUGACGCGCGCAUCAACGACGUGGUCGGACGAAGAAAUCAAACAGUUACACCCUGAACACGACCAAAAGUCAGUGAAAAAAGUGCUUGAUAACAUGGAAUACUUCCGCGACGGAGCGUGCGUGGUGCAUCACUUGUUCGGUGGCGAAGUGUGUCGAGUUGUGAGAGACUGUUAUUCCGACGCCUAUCAAGCGGCACAUUUUGAAGUUCCGGGAGAAAUGUUCACCCUAGCAAUGGAAGCUCGCGAACGAAAUAUGGGCGUCGUCGGCUCGACGCAAAAUAUUUUAGAUUUCAUUUUAGCCAAAAUCCGAGGUGGUAUUGAAAAAGAGCGCAAGAGCAGAGAACUCUUUUCCUCUGCUUCUUCCUCUUCGACGCCUAAAGACAAGAACAAGCACGAGAACGAGAACAACAAGAACAACAAUAGCACUAGCGCGCUGGAAGAAGAUGGAGAAGUGUACGUUCCAGAACGCAUGAAAUUCGUGCUCGGUACUGAAACUGGCAUGGUCACAUCAAUCGUGCGAGCUGUUACCGAAGAGCUCGAGAAGAACGAUUCGAGCGUCGAGUGUGAAAUUGUGUUCCCGGUUUCCGUAGAUUCCAUCACGCAAGUCAAUAGCAGCUCUUCGGGGAAAAUUGUGAGCGAGGCAAUGUCUAGUCUAUCCAUCAUCCCGGGACCGGCAUCGGGUGAAGGGUGCGGCAUGGACGGCGGAUGCGCAUCGUGUCCUUAUAUGAAGAUGAAUUCCUUAGCGGCACUGACCGAAACGUUGGAGAUGAUUGGAGGUGAAAGCGGAGAGAAGAAGAAUUUUGGUUUGGAGUUGCGCGAGCCAAAAAAGUAUGAAGGAAAUAAUGUCGCCAAGGAAGGAUGCAGAUAA